AUGCAAUACGAUAACAACAACACUAUUAUUGUUGGUGGAUCUCCUACCUCCUGGAUGACCUAUGAUGACAACACCGAAGUCAGUGACAAUCUUAAAGCUACUGUCAAUGCCUUGAAAAAAACUAGCAUUGAAAAGUCAAAGCGCAAGCAAGUCAAAAAUGCCUGCGUCAAUUGUCAAAAAGCCUGCAAGAAGUGUGACGAUGGCAGACCUUGCAAGCGUUGUGUCAAACUCGGUUUGACCAGCACAUGUAGAGAUUCUGACCGUAAAGAGCGCAAGAAGGGUGUUAAGCGUGGACCUUACAAGAAGCGCCAAGCUUACAUCAAGGAUAAGCCAGUGUACCCUAAAUUGACAGAAGAGAAUUGGACAACACCCAUUUAUGAGAGAGUACCUCAAGUUUUAAGUCACAGUAAUAACCAAUCAAUUUACACGGAUUUCUACGAUGAAUCUUAUUGCGUACCAAGUCAAAGUGGCAGUAGCUUAUCACCAGUAAGCUCGAGCAGCUUUGUCGACGAAUCGGAUGAAACGUUGCACUAUGCAUAUGGUUACGGCUACACAAACAAUACUAUCACCACCAGUCCAUCCGCUACAAGUAUGUUGGACCACCAAACUAUUUCUGGCAAUGUUACGCCUCUUCAAGACUCUUCUUAUUCGUGGGACGAUAUUGAGAACUAUAGUCCAAUCGGCUCUAACCCGAUCAUGAUGAACCAAUUUCCUACCACUGCUAUUUAUCAGCAAAAGGACAUCACCAAUAGUUUUAAUGACUUCACCUUGUUACAACAGCUACCUGCCAACAACAAUUAUUGGUACACUAAUGAUAUGCCUAUAGAUUAUCAGCCUCAACCUCAACAAAACUACUUUGAAUACUCUAUCCCACCUCAAUAUAACACAUGGUCUUAUUCAAAUUAG